GAUUGCAUCAUGUGUUUCGUUACCUAUAAAGCAAGCAGUUGAGCGGGAAGAAAACUUAUCCACGAAAAAGUUCUUUUCAGAAACAAUUGUUCAACAAAGUGAUAAAGUGCGAAAAGAUACUGUCUAAAAAGUAAUAAGAAUAAUUUUCAAAUUGUUAACAAAGGAUUAUUUGUAAAUUAAGGCAUAACGAGUGUGGAAAUUAUAAAAAAUUUAUAAUGGCGGUAACCACAAAAAUCGACGGUGAAAGCGGCACACAAAACAAUAAUAUUGGCUCAAUAAUGCCUGAAAUUGAACCUUUAACAUGGAGAUUUUGGCGAAAACGUCGAUAUAUCAUCGUAUUGAUGGCGUUUCUGGGUCUUUUCAAUGUGCAUGCAUUACGAGUUAUUUUAAGUGUUGGAAUAGUUGCGAUGUCAGAAAAUCGAACCGUUCACUAUCCAAAUGGAACGAUUGGAUACGAACAAGAGUUUCAAUGGGAUUCGAAAGAUCGAGGAAUAAUUUUGAGUUCGUUCUUCUGGGGUUAUAUUACGACUCAAAUUUUUGGCGGUUGGCUUGGUUCAAAAAUCGGCGGAAAUCGGGUAUUUGGCAUUGGUGUCGUUGGAACAUCCGUUCUGACGCUACUCACUCCGCUAGCGGCUAAGACUGAUAUUAUCGCCUUAAUUAUGGUGCGAUUACUUGCGGGAAUUUUUGAUGGCGUAACAUUUCCAUGCAUUCAUGCAAUUUUCUCACAAUGGGCACCGCCAUUCGAACGAUCCCGAAUGGCGACGACUACCUUUGCUGGAAACUAUAUUGGAACAGUUGUUUCAAUGUCGAUCAGUGGCAUUCUUAUAAAUCGAUUUGGUUGGGAGUGUUUGUUCUACAUUUUCGGUACUAGUGGUUGUAUUUGGUUCCUAUUCUGGCUGAUUAUUGUGUGUGAAAGUCCCGAUAAAGAUAAGCACAUAUCAAAGGAUGAAUUGCGUUACAUUCAAGAGAGUUUGUCUACAAAUACGAAUACAAGCGUUAAACAUCCGUGGACCGAUAUUUUCACUUCAAAAGCGGUAUAUGCGAUCUGUGUCGCACAUUUUGCUGAAAAUUGGGGAUUUUACACAAUGUUAACACAAUUGCCGAGUUUUCUCAAGGAUACUUUGGGCUAUGAAUUAGAAGAAGCCGGUUUUCUAGCCGCUGCACCAUAUCUAGCUUUGUCAAUCCUACUGCUUGUUGCGGGAUAUUUUGCCGACAUUUGCCAGAUCAGGGGAUAUUUGACAACUUCACAGGUGCGGCGAUAUUUCAACUGUGGAGGAUUUUUGGCUCAGACGGUUUUCUUGAUGACAGCAGGUUAUUUGAUGAGUCCAAUUGGAACGAUAACAUGUAUCAUUACAGCCAUUGGAUUGGGUGCAGUUGCUCAAUGUGGUUAUGCCGUGAAUCAACUGGAUAUCGCUCCGCAACAUGCCAGUGUAAUUUUAGGCAUUUCGAAUACUUUUUCCCAAAUUCCUGGAAUAAUUUCUCCCGUGUUAACCGGUUACAUUGUGGUGAACGCAUCACCCGAUGAAUGGAAAAUUGUUUUCAUGAUUUCAUCUGUUGUAUAUUUGAUUGGUUGUGUUAUUUAUUGGAUAUGGGCAUCUGGCGAUGUUCAACCGUGGGCCAAAAAACAAAUGGACAGUGAAUACAAAUCAAAGUUACCAAAUGACACUAUGUAUGGCACCAACAACGACGGAUUCGAAACAAGUGGUUGAACAACUAUGAUGAACAACAAAAUAUAAUAGGAUAUUAUCAGAGCAUACCGCUAUUAUUGCUAUUGCAUUGGAAUUGUAUACAGUUUUACCCCGUUUUCACGUUAAAAUUUUUCACUUCGCUAGCUGUAAAUGUUGUGUUCACUUUGCUAUCAUAUAGCUUUCUCUUCUGUAGCGUUCAAAUUGAAGAGAAAUUUAAAUGUAAAUGAAAAAAAAUAUCAGUAAAAAUGGACUUCAAGGAUACAAACAUAUAUGAAUAGUUUAUUUAUUACCCAUAUAAAUCAUUUGCGGAGUAAUUUGGACGAUGGCGGGACUGUGCGGAGUUUGGCGGAGAUGACAUACAAACUCUGUGUGUGCGAGGGUAACAGCACUUCUAUGUGAUGUUCGUUUGGACAAAAUAAAUCUAUGAAUAGCAAAGAAUGCUGUUGGACUCGUAUACACAGCAUUUACAUACUAUCUCCGCCGAACUCCGCACAGUCCCGCCAUCGACAAAAUUACUCCGCAAAUGAGUUAUAUGGGUAUUGGGUUGACGUAGAAUGUAUGUAUUUUUCAUUAAAUAUACAAUCGAUAAUCAAAUUUAAGAACUUAA